GGAGACUCUCGGUCCAGGCCCGGGCCCUGCCUGCCUUUCGCCCGCAGGCCCGCCGGACGGGCACACGGCCGCACGGAGAACCAUGGCGUCUGGCAGCACUGCCGCCAGCGAGGAGGAGCGCAGCCUCCGGGAAUGUGAGCUUUAUGUCCAGAAGCACAACAUUCAGGCACUGCUCAAGGAUUCUAUUGUGCAGUUGUGCACUGCGCGACCUGAGAGACCCAUGGCUUUCCUCAGGGAGUACUUUGAGAGGCUGGAGAAGGAGGAGGCAAAACAGAUUCAGAAUCUGCAGAAAGCAGGCACUCGGACAGACUCAAGGGAGGAUGAAAUCUCUCCUCCUUCACCCAAUCCAGUGGUUAAGGGUCGCAGGCGACGAGGUGCUAUCAGUGCCGAAGUCUACACGGAGGAAGAUGCUGCAUCGUACGUUAGAAAGGUUAUACCAAAAGAUUAUAAGACAAUGGCUGCUUUAGCCAAAGCCAUUGAAAAGAAUGUGCUGUUUUCACAUCUUGAUGAUAAUGAGAGAAGCGAUAUUUUUGAUGCCAUGUUCCCGGUCUCCUUUAUCGCUGGAGAGACUGUCAUUCAGCAAGGUGAUGAAGGGGAUAACUUCUAUGUGAUUGAUCAAGGAGAGAUGGAUGUUUAUGUCAACAAUGAAUGGGCAACCAGUGUUGGAGAAGGAGGGAGCUUUGGAGAGCUCGCGUUGAUUUAUGGAACACCAAGAGCAGCCACUGUCAAAGCGAAGACCAAUGUGAAAUUAUGGGGUAUCGACCGAGACAGCUAUAGAAGAAUCCUCAUGGGAAGCACACUGAGAAAGCGGAAGAUGUAUGAAGAAUUCCUUAGUAAAGUGUCUAUUUUAGAGUCUCUGGACAAGUGGGAGCGUCUUACGGUAGCUGAUGCGCUGGAACCAGUCCAGUUUGAAGAUGGGCAGAAGAUUGUGGUGCAGGGAGAGCCAGGGGAUGAGUUCUUCAUUAUCUUAGAGGGGUCAGCUGCUGUGCUGCAACGUCGGUCAGAAAUUGAAGAGUUUGUUGAAGUGGGAAGAUUGGGGCCUUCCGAUUAUUUUGGUGAGAUCGCACUGUUGAUGAAUCGUCCUCGUGCAGCCACGGUGGUUGCACGUGGUCCCUUGAAGUGCGUUAAGCUGGACCGACCUAGAUUUGAACGUGUUCUUGGCCCAUGCUCAGACAUCCUCAAACGGAAUAUCCAGCAGUACAACAGUUUUGUGUCACUGUCUGUCUGAACUGCCUCCUGUGCCUCCCCUUUCUCCUCUCCCCGGUCCGUGCUUCACUCAUGCAGACUGCUUUGUUUUCCCUAUUUGCAGCACCAAGUGGCCACUGGCUUUGCAGCUUCUUGUCUGUUUAUAUAUUAAAAGUUGCUCUUAUUGCACCGUUUUUAAUUUGGAGCAUUAACUAAAUGCUCGUACACAGUUAAAUAAAUAGAAAGAGUUCUAUGGAGACUUUGCUGUUACUGCUUCUCUUUGUGCAGUGUUAGUAUUCAAUCUGGGCAGUGAGUGCCAUGCUUUUUGGUGAGGGCAGAUCCCAGCACCAGUUGAAUUACUGUAGAGUAAUGAUGUAACAGUGCAAGUUUUUUUUUAAAGUGACAUAAUUUUCCAGUUAUAAGCAUAUUUAGACUGUGGCCAUAUAUGCUGUAUUUCUUUAUAGAAUAAAUGAUUUCUCAUUAAGCUCUGAGGAUUAGGAAACAUGGAUAUAGCAAAAUUUCAGUCUAGUAGAAAGACAUCUGCCUGUAAUUAAACUAGCUUAAGGGUGGAAAAUGCCCGUUUUGGCUAAUUAUUAGAUGGGUAUGAUCGGUUCAGUUUUAUUUUAUUUUUUUCUUUUUAACCAGAAUUUUUGUUAGCAAGCUAAUUUGCCUGGUUUAGCUUAUACCUUAAUGUUUCCUCUCCAGUUCUGAGAUAUUUUUAGGCGUGGCUGUCUAUACCACCAUUUAAGUUUGAAACCAAAUCACAGACUGCAAAUAUUGGGUUAUGGUUUAACUACAUCUGCCUCAGCUCACAAAUUCUGAUUAGACCUUUGUCCAGCUAGUGCCAAAUAUUGAUCAGAUGCUGAAUUGGGAAUAAGAACUUGAGGCCUACACUCUUGGUUGUUCAUGUGCGCCCUUCAGUUGUCUCUUGUUUAAUCUCCCGUGCUCAUUAAACUGAUUCCAGGAGAUUGGAUCUGCUGAGACUAGAUCCAGGUCAAACAAACGUCAUGCUGAAAUGGAGGUGAUGUUGCCAAUGGACACGCCAGGUGGACAGAGUCCAUCCAGUGCUGGACAUUCUGCACUGAAUUUACAGGGGCGGGAGAUUGGGGAAGAAGUUGUUUUUUUGUUACUUUGGUUUAGUCCUCUUUCCUUCCUUUUUGUGUCAACUAGAAUUUCUGGUGGGUUGGGAGUGGGGUAGAAGUGUCUGUUGUUUCAGAUUGGUCUCAAAGCCCAUCUUGCUGAAAGUCCUGCUUUCCUAGAUUAUCUAGCGCGUACUUCUAUGGCAAACUUUUUUUUUUAAGUGAACUUGUGUUUCGAGUCUUAACUGUAUUUCAGUAUUUUCCAGCCUUAUGUGUUACAUUAUUCCAAUGAUACUCAACAGUUUAUUUUUAUUAUUCUUUUUUAAACAAAGUUUCACAGUUCUGUGAUGUAGGCACUUUUAUUUUCAUUGUGGUUUCUGUAUAACGUCAUGUAGGGUUACAUUUGGGAGUGACUGCAAGCAUUUUUCCAUCUGUGUGUACCUGGCUCCAAUUAUUGAUCCCCUCUCCUACUGGUAGUUUUCCCAGGUAAUUUAAAUUGGUCAUGGUAGAUUUUUUUUUCAUAGAUUUGAAAAGCUUUUAGGUUGUUACUAAGUUUGAAGUAUAAAUCUGGGAAAGAUAUUUUAUUUACAUUUUAGUGUGGGAUAGAAAACCACCUUAUUACACAUUUUUUAAUUUCCAAAAUCUGUAUUACAUGAGGGUUUUCUGAUCUGUACUUUGUGUUUAGCUACCUUUUUCUGUUUAAAAACUAAAAAUAAAAAUCACGGUCUUAAAAGUGUAAAGCUUGAUUUGAUCUCUGUUUAAAUGCCAAAAAUGUACUUCAGUGAGUUAUUUGGAAUGCCAUACCAUUGCACAGUUUCAUAUAUGUAUAUAAUCGUGUUCAUGUAUAUUUAGGUACAUAUAAUGCUUUCUAAAUGAGUUUUGCUCAAAUCAUUUGGCUUGUUGUUUACUCCCGUUUGUAGUUUUUAAUCUAAGAACUUUAAAGAUAAGUCUAAAUUCAAAAAUUAUUACAUUUAAAGCUUUAUCUUUGUGCAAUUUAGGUAUAGGUGAGAAAUCACAAUUGGCAUAAUUUGUCUUAGUUGAUAUUCAGGGCUUUAGAAGUCAUUAUUUCUGGGAUUGGUAAAUGAAUUUAUGAGAUCUACUGCUCUAGAAAGUAUAGAUGGCCAAAGGACCAUUUUGUAUUGUUUCCUGGUUACUAGUCUGAUUAUACUGUGUGUGCUAAUAUACUUUAUUCUUUUUGUUAUAGAUUGUCUUAACGGUAGGUCAAGUAAUAAAAAGAAACGAAAUAAGUUAAAUUCUUAAA